GCGCGUACACCUACCUUGCCCCGAAGAAGCCUCGCCCACUCUGACCUCCAUUUACCAAAGACCAGAAUACAAAAACCAGUGGACAUGUCAACCACCAUUUCCACGCCUUCGUCUUCCUCUUAAGCUCUCGAACCAACCCUCUUAACCUCCAACCCACAAUAAUUAUUACUAAUAUUAUUUAAUAGAUAUUCAAAUUAAAUACUUAUUCUAAUUUGAUAUUCCUUUGUUAUUAGUUUUCCUUGUUGUUGCUUGAGAAUAAUUAAGAAGUCAAUUAGUCGUUGUGCUUUCACUUUCUCCAUUUGAUCGGCUGGUAACUUCCUCCAAUCCUUGACUCCAAUUGAAGCAAAACCCCCCUCUCAUAAGCUGUAUACUCCAAUGUGUUUCCUGUUUUUCUCUUCGUUUUUUCGAUUUCUUUCCCAACACAGAGGCUUGGCGGUGGCGGUGGAAAUUCGGAGUUGAAUUUCAGGGAUGGGAUUUAUGGGGUUUGGUUCGGGGGUCGUGAGGAAUUUGGGGUGUUUGUGGUCUCGGCGGAGCAAGCUGUACUGGGUUGUAUUCUGGGUUUGGGUUGCUUUUGUGCUUUUGCCGCCGGUGGCCGGUCUUCGACCCUUGCGGGAACGAGCUCGAUCAUGGGGCGAUGAGUGGCUAUUUGUUAAAAAAGAUGAAAUUGAUUUGGGACCAUUUUCUACAUGGAAUAUAACAGGAACUUACAGAGGGACUUGGAAGUUUCCUGAUUCAACAAAUAGCUCUUCCAGAUUUCCGGAUUUUAGGAAUUCCCAUGGCAACAGUAUCAUUGAAUUGGUUAGCAUGCCGACAAAAAUAACUGGCGUACAUUACGUGCAGGGGGUAAUUAUUUUCCAUGAUGUGUUUGACAAUGAACACAAUGUUGGUGGUGUUCAAAUCAGGGUGGAGGGUGUAUUUAUAUGGCCAUUUAGACAACUUCGAAUGGUAGCUCACAGUGGAAAAGAGGGAGAGUCAAGCCAAGCAGAAGAAUAUUUAUUGUCAAAUCCGUAUCAUAUGCUUGGAGUUUUCUCUUCCCAGGUUUUCCAAGAAUCUCCUAGAGAUAAGAUAUGGAGGAAAAAACAUUCUCCAAUCUAUGAAAUGGAGAAACACUGUAAUAUAGAAAUCGCGGGCCAAGUUUCACGUGUCUCAUCCGCCCAUAAUGAUGGAGAUCGUGAUCGAUACCAUAUAGAAUCGUUGAUGGAGAGUCCUUCAGUGGAUGAUGAUGGAGAUUGCUUCUCUCCCUUGAUAUUAAAUGCUACUUCUGUCAAUGUGGAGGUGUACUACAACAAAGCAGUGAACUAUACUUUGAUGGUCACCUUUGUCUCUUUUCUCCAAGUUCUUCUCUUAAUUCGGCAAAUGGAACAUAGCAACACUCAUUCAUGCACUUUUCAGGGGGCUGCCAAAGUUUCGAUUCUAAUGAUUGGCCAACAGGCUAUCAUGGAUGCUUAUCUCUGCCUUCUACAUUUGACUGCAGGAAUACUUGUUGAAUCCUUGUUUAAUGCUUUUGCGACUGCCGCUUUUUUCAAGUUUGUUGUCUUCUCAAUAUUUGAGAUGAGAUAUCUUCUUGCUAUAUGGAAAGCCAGGAGGCCUACAAAUAGCGGGGAAGGUUGGGAGACGAUGAGGCGUGAGCUUUCAGUUCUAUAUAGCCGUUUCUAUGGGAUUCUUUUGGGAGGCAUUCUGCUCAUGUAUGAGUUCCAUAACUUCCUGAGACCUAUUCUUCUCCUUAUGUACUCCUUUUGGAUACCUCAAAUAAUCACCAAUGUCAUUCGUGAUUCAAGAAAACCUUUGCAUCCUCAUUACAUCUUGGGCAUGACUGUUACGCGGCUUGCAAUCCCAUUAUACAUAUUUGGUUGCCCUAACAACUUCAUGCGCAUUGAGCCUGACAAGAGUUGGUGUAUUUGUUUGGGUGUAUUUAUUGGACUGCAAGCAUCCAUUCUUCUUCUUCAGCACUAUCUUGGCUCGCGGUGGUUCAUUCCUCGUCAGAUUCUACCUGAAAAAUAUAGCUACUGUAGAAGGCUUGAUCAGAAUACGAAUCGCACCACAGAUUGUGUCAUUUGCAUGACCGCAGUUGAUCUCACACAACGUUCAAACGAUCGCAUGGUGACACCAUGUGAUCAUUGCUUUCACUCGGGUUGUUUACAAAGGUGGAUGGAUAUAAAGAUGGAGUGCCCAACUUGUCGGCGUCCACUGCCACCAGCCUGAUCCUUCCAGUCUGUCUUUAUCAUGUAUAGGAUCAACUGACAUCGCCCAACUCACUAAUUCUGGUUGGGCAUUAAAUCGAUAUUCAGGUUGAGCGCACCUUCCGAAGGAAGAAGGAUGAGAUACAGCAUAUAAUCAAUCAGUUUCCAUUUCCAAAAUGUAACAGAUUCUGCAUCAGUUGUUACCUGAGCCAACAAUUUUUAAUUUUUCACUUUUGCUUUGUUUGGUUUUGUUGUAUAAUGUAUAAUGCAUAUGUAGGAAGCAAUUCUUUAGGUGCAAAUUCUUGCCAAGUCCAUCAAUUGUUGUAUAAUGUAUAUGUAGUAAACAAUUGUUGUAGGAUCUUGUAGACUUGCACUAACGAGUUCUAUUGGAGAAUAAAGUCUCACGUCGGAAAUGUAACAAAAUAAUAUACAGCUUAUAUGUGAGAGUUUCACUCUUAAUAUCA